AUGCAGCUCCGCCGGGGAGCUGUCGUCUUGCGUGGCAGGAUCGCGGCGCAAUCCUGCGUGCUAUGUCGCUCUCCUCCAGCUAGCCUCGACCCCUCGAGGAUACGGCGCGCCGGCCUCCACUCGUCUCCCCGGCGCGAUUCUGCCUGGGCCGCCGCCGUCCAGGUCGCCUCCAAUGUGGUUGGCAAUGUCGUCAAGCGAGCCGCAGACGACGGCAUGACCAUCGACCCUCUCCGCGCCGUCGCCAAAGAGAUGCAGUUCCUCACAGGCAACAUCCGGAAGCUCCUCGGCUCCGGCCACCCUUCCCUCGACCGAGUUGCCAAAUACUACACCCAGGCUCAGGGAAAGCACGUCCGGCCGCUCAUCGUCCUCCUCAUGAGCCGAGCAACCCACCUCUGCCCCAAGAAUCCCCGCCCAGACCUGCCCCAGAAUGGCGCCAUCGACACGCCCAUAUCUCCCGUUCAGAUCCUUGCCGACGUCAACCCCUCGGCCGCACCGCUGACGGCGAGGGACCCCGGCAUGCCUGAGGGAAGCCUGGACAUCCUGCCCAGCCAGCGCCGCCUGGCCGAAAUCACGGAGCUGAUUCACACGGCAUCGCUGCUACACGACGACGUCAUUGACCAUUCCGUCUCGAGGCGCGGGUCCCCCUCGGCCAACCUCGAGUUUGGCAACAAGAUGGCCGUCCUCGCUGGCGACUUUCUAUUAGGCCGAGCAUCCGUCGCCCUGGCGAGGUUGCGCCACGUCGAGGUCGUCGAGCUGCUGGCCACCGUCAUUGCCAACCUGGUCGAGGGCGAAUUCAUGCAGCUCAAGAACACGGAGCGUGACGAGCGGAGUCCCGAAUGGUCCGAGGAGACGCUUGGGUACUAUCUCCAGAAGACGUAUCUUAAGACGGCCAGCCUCAUCUCCAAGUCGUGUCGGGCCUCGGCGCUGCUCGGCAAUGCCGACAACACGACGGUCGACGCGGCCUAUUCUUAUGGGAGGAACCUGGGUCUGGCGUUCCAGCUGGUGGACGACAUGCUGGACUACACUCGAAGUGGAGCGGACCUGGGCAAGCCCGCCGGCGCCGACUUGAAGCUGGGCCUGGCCACGGCACCCUUGCUGUUCGCCUGGAAGCAGAACCCAGAGCUCGGCGCGCUGGUCGGACGCAAGUUUGAGCAGGAGGGUGAUGUUGAAAAGGCACGGGAGCUAGUACUCCAGAGCGACGGAAUCGAACAGACACGGGCCCUGGCGCACGACUAUUCAGACAAGGCCAUUGCCGCCAUUGCCGACUUUCCCGACAGCGAGGCAAAGGACGGUCUGGUAGAGAUGGCGCAAAAAACCAUCAGGCGGCAAAAGUAA